AUCCAUCGGUCGAGUCAAGUUCAAGUUGAAUAGAAGCGCCAAAUCUAUAAAUCACGACUGGAACAGAAAAGAAAAAUGUCCGUCCAGGAGGAACAGGGAAACCGCAGGUUGGCCAAAGACAUUGGCGCCCUCUACUAUUCCGAUUUGCUGCCACAUGUCGGUGAUAGCGAGCCGGAGACGAGGGAAUUCCUCAACCGGAUGACGGAGAUCCUGAUGGAUUUCCUGCACAAGACGUUCGACCGUUCCAGCAAGAUCCUCGACUUCCAUCAUCCGGAGCAGCUGCUGGAGAUCAUCGACUUGUCUCUGCCCAACCAGCCCAAGAACAUCGACCAGCUCCUGGCCGAUUGUCGCGACACGCUCACCUAUCAAGUCAAAACAGGUCACCCACGUUUCUUCAAUCAACUGUCCAAUGGAGUUGACGUCAUUUCCAUGGCCGGUGAGUGGCUGACGGCCACGGCCAACACCAACAUGUUCACCUACGAGAUUUCGCCCGUCUUUAUCCUCAUGGAGCACAUGACACUCAAGAAAAUGAGGGAGAUUAUCGGCUACAAGGGUGGAGAUUCGAUCCUGGCUCCUGGUGGAACCAUAUCCAAUCUGUACGCCGUCCUGGCCGCCCGUUACCGCAAAUAUCCACGUGUCAAGAGCGAAGGAUUGCAAUCCUUGCCCGGCCCACUCGUCAUGUUCACAUCCGAACACAGUCACUUCUCCAUGAUGAGCGCAGCCGCUGCUUCAGGAUUGGGAACGGACAAUUGCAUCAGCGUUCCUUGCAACGAAAAGGGACAAAUGAUUCCGGAAGAGUUGGAGCGGUUGGUCCUCAAGAGCAUCAGCGAUGGAAAGAUCCCGUUCAUGGUGACUGGCACUGCAGGAUCGACCGUUUUCGGAGCCUUCGAUCCCAUCAAUCCCAUCGCCGACAUUUGCGAAAAGCAUCACCUCUGGCUGCACAUCGAUGCCGCUUGGGGCGGGGGUCUCCUCAUGUCCGAAAAGUUCCGCUACAAAUUCGAAGGCAUCACAAGGGCCGACUCGGUCACCUGGAACCCCCACAAGAUGAUGAACGUUUUGCUCCAAUGUUCAACGGUCCAUUUCAAGCAAAAUAGUUUGCUGUACCAUUGCAACCGGAUGUGCGCCGAUUACUUGUUCCAGCAGGACAAACAUUACGAUGUCACCUACGAUACGGGAGAUAAAGUCAUACAAUGUGGUCGCCACAACGACAUUUUCAAGUUCUGGUUGCUGUGGAGGGCCAAGGGAACUGAAGGAUUUGCCAAGCAAAUGGAACGCUUUAUCGAACUAACUCAAUAUCUAGUCGAAGGACUGUUAAAGAGACCGGAACGUUUCCAGUUGAUUGUAGCCGAACCUGAAUGCACCAACGUCUGUUUCUGGUAUGUCCCCACUCGUUUCCGCACCAUGGCUCCUGGCCCCGAACGUGAUCGUCUCCUUGGACAGAUUACGCCCAUUCUCAAGGGACGAAUGAUGUCGACUGGAACUCUCAUGGUGGGAUACCAACCACAAGGCAAGCUGCCCAACUUCUUCAGGUGCAUCAUCUCCAAUCAGGCUGUCACCGAGGAGGAUGUUGACUUUCUGGUGGAGGAAAUGGACCGUUUGGGCCAUGACCUCUAAACACUAUCACUAUAUGAUUAUCAAGUAGCAGCACGGUCUUACAUAAUUGUUGUUGUGGUCAUUAUUGCACACACCACUUGCAUGCGCUCUCCAUGUUACUUGCCGUCUAUGUUAACACAGCUGUGUGAUGGCUGUUUUCGUUGUCCAGUCCUUCCCCCACUCAGCAUUUGCUGCAUUGUUUUCGUCACUGAUGCACUUUACACUGCACCUUUAAAUUUUCUCUGCACUGGCACAGCACUGCACAUUUUGAUGUGGGCUCUCCACUCCUUGUUACUGUCCAGCACACUAAAGCACUCGUGCAAAGGUCAAGGUGUCCCGAGACAUACGUCUCGUUUCACCUGACCUUGCCGUCACAUUUUUUAAUAUUAUAAUCUCUAAUAAGUGUGUCUUUGUAUAGAGUUUCUUCUUCUUCUGUUAUACUAUACUCUCUGGGAUCCCCCAUCAUUAGAGAAAGUGGCUUUGACCUCGUUCACAUUUAAUGUUUCAUGGCCACCAACAUGCACAGUCUAAACCUCAAUUUAUACGUUAAUCAUUUCCUUCUUACGUCUUUAGUUGGGAACAAUAUUUGUUCGAAUAAUUUCAAUUCCAGUUUUAUUCAUUUUUUGCUUUUUCCAAUUGUGUUGUUCAAAGAUGAUUAUUGCUACUGCAUUCCAGCGGUGGCGCUAUAUAACUGUUUUCCAAUUAUAUUUAAAUGUUUAUAAUUAAUUUAAAUAUGCUGUAUUUAAUUUAUUAUUUACUGCAACAACCAAGAAAGUGCACUACAUAUCACGUAAUAAUUGCACAUAUCCAAAUUAUUGAAAUUUCCAUAAUUCGUUUUUUUUUUUCUCGCUCAGCUGUUUUCAUUUGUUUGGGUGUGUCCCUAUUCAAAUUAGCGUGUGAUUUCUUUUUGUUUCAAAAUAAAUUCGUGUCGCCGGGAAUAACAACGAGACUCGUGCCAUAUAGGAGCACGUGGACAGCAAAACCAAAAGUCUUCCAAAAAUUGCAGUAAAAUGUCUCUCGCAUUAUCCGUAUAACAUGUGAGAGAUCAUCUUUAACUGUUAAAUUGACGUUUUGUUCUGUCUUAAUUUGUCAGUGUCCUUUUGUCUUGCUCGCUAAUUAUGUCUUCAUUGUACCAAAGUGUGUGUCAAUAUAAUAACCAACUACAUAUCCCUCCCCCCCAGCAGUUCAAUAUUUGUAUAUCAUCUUCGUUGAUUGUUGUGUCACUUUCAUUAUAACUGUCGUUAACAUUCCGCCGUAACGUGUGAGCAGCAAUAAGACUACUAAAAUAGACCGUUAAAUAUAAAUGAGUAAACAAGAAUGACAGAAAUAUACUCAACAGAAAAA